AAAAAAAUCUCAAAAGUUGCAGUCUGGUCUUUUGUCUUGAAUGAAACGUAGGGAGGUGGGCUCAGUGGUCAGUUGUGACAAGCUUUUCUCAGUGGUCAGUUGUGUCAGUAUGUGUGUGUUUAGCUAUAUAACUGUUGUCUCCAUAUGAGGUCCAAAAGAGGGUGUGUGUACAGCAGCUCUAAAAAUACCUAGGAGGCAGUGCAUAUAUCAUGUUGCAGCUAAACCAGUGAGAUGUACUUCAUGUGAGCAGUAAAAGCUUUGCUUUUCUUUUGCAGUUUAGUUUGCAAAAUCUAGAAACCCCAAAGGAUGGGUGAAACCAGUGUAGAUGAAGCAAAAAUGACAGACUCUCCAAGUGGAAAUACAGCCGUUAAGAGUGAAAAAAAGACAGAGGGAAACUCUUUCUUUAGCUGGCUGUUGGUGCUGGCUUUUCUGGGGGCUUGGCUGUCUGUGGGUGUUGUGUGGUUUGACCUUGUUGACUACAACAGUGUGAUUGGUGCUCUUGGAGGAGUAUAUGAUGCUGAUGGCGAUGGAGACUUUGAUGUAGAAGAUGCCAAAGUUUUUUUAGAGAAUGCUACUGUGGCUACUAAGGAAAAAACCUUAAAAAAAAAUAUCACAACGGAGGGAGACCGUAUCCAAGCAGGCCAUUCCAAGCGUACAUGUCUGACUGAGAAGCCUGUUACUGUGGCAUCAACCGAGAACCCCUUAGGAGAAAGAGAGUUACAUGCAGAAUCUCUGCCUGGUGAAAACAAAGAAUCCACAUCACACUCUCCACAUGGGUCUGCAUCUGAUGCUGAACCUUCAUUAGAGUUCAAAACAGAGGAAUCCAGACCUGCAAACCAAAUUUCACCAGACUUGUCACCUGCAACUCAACCUGUGCCUACAUCAGUCUCCACACCUGAAUCAAUUACUGAGACAACAGAAUUCAAAGAAUCCUCAGUAGAAUCCAAAGAAGAAAAAGAAGCCAAAAAGAAGAAACCAAAACUUCUUAAUAAAUUUGACAAAACAAUCAAAUCUGAGGUCAAUGCUGCAGAGAAAUUACGCAAGAAGGGGAAAUUUGAGGAAUCUCUCCGUGCUUUUGAAGCUCUUGUCCAGAAAUUCCCACAAAGUCCGAGAUGCCGAUAUGGCAAAGCUCAGGCAGAAGAUGAUCUGGCAGAGAAAAUGCGCAGUAAUGAGAUGCUUCUGAAGGCAGUGAACACAUACAGAGAAGUAGCUGAGCUCCCAGACGUACCCCCUGACCUCAUCAAAGCCACAUUAAAGAGACGUGCAGACAGACAACAGUUCUUAGGUCGUUCACAGGGAUCUUUAGCUACUUUGGAGAAGCUAGUUCAGAUUUUCCCAGAAGACAUCAGCCUAAAGAAUGACUUGGGAGUGGCACAUCUGCUUCUGGGUGACAACAAGGGUGCAAAACAAAUAUAUGAGGAGGUUUUAGCCCAUGCCCCACAUGAUGGAUUUGCUAAAGUGCAUUACGGAUUCAUACUUAAAUCUGAAAACAAGAUUGCAGAGAGCAUACCGUACCUGAGGGAAGGUUUGGAGUCUAGAGAGCCAGGAACUGAUGACGGAAGGUUUUACUUUCAUCUUGGGGAUGCUUUACAGAGAACAGGAGACAAGAGUGCCUAUGACUGGUAUGAGGCUGGGCAUCGACAAGGUCACUUUGCCUCUGUAUGGCAGAGAUCUCUCUAUAAUGUCCCAGGGCUUCGGGCUCAACCCUGGUGGACGGCUGAAGAGACUGGAUAUACAGCUUUAGUCAAGAUGUUGGAACGUAACUGGUUGAGCAUUAGAGAUGAAGCACUGUCAGUCUUAGACAGCAACAGUGGGCAGUUCUUGCCUGAAGAUGAAAAUCUGAGAGAGACAGGAGACUGGGGCCAGUUUACACUGUGGCAGCAGGGUCGAAAGGUUGCUGCUUCAUGUCGCUAUGUCCCAAAAAUCUGUGCUUUGCUGGAACGUUACCCAGAGGCCACUAGCUGCAAAAGAGGACAGAUAAAAUUUUCAGUAAUGCAAGCUGGUACUCAUGUAUGGCCUCACACUGGUCCCACCAACUGUCGUCUACGAAUGCAUCUGGGCCUCGUCAUCCCUUCUAAGGGAUGCAGGAUUCGCUGUACAAACCAAACAAGGGAGUGGGAAGAAGGAAAAGUGUUAAUAUUUGACGACUCAUUCGAACAUGAAGUCUGGCAGGAAGCAGAAAGCUACAGACUCAUCUUCAUUGUGGAUGUCUGGCACCCAGAACUCACCCAAUUACAGAGGCAGACUCUGUCACCAAUAUAGAAGAUUUGUCCAAAAACUGAGUUUUGAAAAGUAGGUCGACAGCCAAUCGGAGUGACAGAUUUACUGUUCUUAGCCAAUCACAGAUUUCUUAAAUCACAAAUAUCUAUUGUGCUGUGCUGUCCUGUGUUGCAGAUUACAAGGCAAUGUGAAUGUAUAAGUCUUAUGAUUGAUAGUUGUAAAUAAUAUAAGUGUGAUUUUUGAAGAACAUAAAGGAUGGAUUUAGAAGUUCAAGGGUUUUAAAAGGACGGUUCACCUAAUAUUCAAGAUCUUAAUUCAGGUAAAGCAAAUUAUGAUUUAAAAUCAUGUUUCAGAGGGAUGUUUUUAGGGCUCAACAGUAAACAGUAAAAUUAAAGAAACAAUAAAGAUUAGAACGUACAUUUUGAGAUUUAAAUCUUAAAUUAGAUUGAAGGGUUACCUUUAGUGAAAUAACAGUACAAUGAGAUGCAUUUGCUCUUUCUUACUGAAAAAAAGAGACCUCAGUCAGUUUUUAUAGAUAUAUGAUUGAACAUCGCACUGUAUUUUGUGGGUUACUUUGUAUAUGUGUGUCCAGGUGAAUACAUAAAUUAGUAGAUGUGUUAGCUAUAAGAGAUGUGUGCACAGCCAUAAAAAAAAAAACCCUUUGUGCCUUUUCCAACCUUGGAAAGUAUUAUAUUAAAGGGGAUACUCCAUCCCAUAAUGAAAA